CUCCAAAAAACGGAGAGAAGAAGAAGAGAAGCAGAACGUGAGUGAGAGCUAACAACAGCUAACCAGCCAGUUAGCAGCUGGCUAACCUUCAGCUAAGGCUAACGUGAUGUCUACAGCCUCUAAGGUGGUUCUCGGUGUUUCUGUGGUUCUGACUCUGAGCACCGUGGCAGGUGUGCACCUCAAACAGACCUGGGACCGACAGCGUCUCCACGAGGGCGUGGUCAGAGAUCUGGAGCGACUGGAGAGGAAGAAGGAGAACCUGCGGCUCCUGGAGGAGCAGAGGAGUCUGACCAGACAGCUCGAGGAGGAGAGACAACGCAGAGAGGCAGAGCUCUGCCCACAGGACCACUGA